GGCUUUGGAACAAGAGCAUGCAAUCUAUCAACAAGGUGUCAGCAAUUUAUCUUCAAUAUUAAAGAUAAUAGAGUCAUCAGGGCAACUACCACAUCGCUUUUUCUCUCUCUCUCUCUCUCUCUCUCUCCUCUCUCUUUUUCUUCCUUGGCACUUAAUUAACAACAGUAACAACAACAGUUCACCCAUCCACUAUACACACAAUAAAAACAACAUGGGAAAGAAAGCGAAACAGGAAAUGCCUUUGCACAAGGUCAUCAUGGUUGGUUCUGGAGGAGUGGGCAAAUCAGCCUUGACACUCCAAUACAUGUAUGGUGACUUUGUGGAAGAAUACGAUCCCACAAAGGCCGAUUCCUACCGCAAGAAGGUCAUGCUUGAUGGUCAUGAUUGCCAAAUCGACAUUCUGGACACGGCUGGACAGGAAGAGUAUGCCGCGAUUCGUGACAAUUAUUAUCGAUCAGGGGAAGGGUUCAUUUGUGUGUUUUCACUCUGUGAAUACGAAUCCUUUAUGCAUACUCAAGAAUUCAAGGAUCAGAUCUCACGCGUCUUAGAUGAUGACAAGGUUCCUUUCAUCCUUGUAGGCAACAAGGCAGACUUGUCACAACUUCGUAAAGUAAACUAUGAAGAUGCUGUAACAAAAGCCGCCGAAUGGAGUUGCCCCUAUUAUGAGACAUCAGCCAAGACUAGACAGAAUGUGGAUGAGGUGUAUACAGUACUGAUGCGUAAGAUUCAACAACGCAAGGAGAAUGCCAAGGAUCGUGAGAGGAAGGGGAAGAAGGGCAAGUGCUUGAUUCUGUGAAAGUAGAGAAAA